AUGAAGUGCGAUGCCGAGCAGCCAUCGUGUCGAAAUUGUCAAAAGCGAAGCAUUCAAUGUGUUACGACUGAUCUACGACGACCUGAGAGGAGUGGUCAGAGAACAGAACCGAAAGGCCGACGUGCUAAUCGCACUACUACGCCAAUCCUCAGCAGUAUUCCCCAUCCUAAAACCGACGAAGACUACAAUCCAUUGACGAUCCAGUUGGGGACACGCUCGACCACCCCGCCGCCAUCCCCGACCAGUCAUCUUCUCGCUCAAAUUGAGCAUGACAGAGCGAUACCUUCUAUUUUCACUACGCCCUUCCAGAAUGGAGAUCAGCACACGAGAAGGUCUCGGCGGACAGCGCAUUCUAGCCUUGACUCCACCACCAAGGUGCCUCCCGUCAGCCCGACUAAUGUGAGAGGGGACAUGACCUCAGAGCCUGGGCUUAGUCCUCAAAACUCCGGGUUGCUGGUCGUUACUGACAAGAGCCGUUCUCGACUUCAAAUCGUUGGCAGUGGAAGUAGUGUCUAUGUCAUGGCACAUUGGCUGGAUCUCUUCUUUGCGAAGCGUGAUUACUGGCGUCCAAUCUAUCCCUUCUUCCAACAAGGACUUGCUUACUCCAUUGAAGUCCCCUUGCCGUUUCUGAAUUCAUUACCAAGCCUGCCACCUCCUUCAAAGGCUGCGGAAUAUUUCUCGUCGUUCUUCUCACAACUCUACCCAAUAUAUCCCAUAAUUGAUCUUUUAUCGCUGGAGCAAUCCAUUGGACUUUUGGGUCCCAAAUUGGACCAACAGCAACAACGCUUGGCGCCUACGGAUUAUCCUGCUUUGGCAUGUCUCUAUGCUGUUUUUAGUAUCGCUGCUGAUGAACUCAAGGGUCGACCUACCAGCUCUGGUGCAAUUUACCUAGAAGGCGCAUAUUCUCUGUACGCGCAUCUUGUGGCCCUGCCGUAUGUUGCGUCGGUUCAAGCAUUACUUCUAUUGGCAAUAGUUUUAAGACACCGGAAUAAGGAUGGUGCUAGUCUGGGGACACUCGGGCAAGCAAUUCGAAUUGCACAGUCAAUUGGACUGCACCAGUAUAUGCCCACCACCAGUGUGAUUGGCUCUAAUUCCGGAGGCAGCACAGUGGAUGUCUCGGGUGUGACGGACCUCCACUCCCGCAUAUGGUGGACGGCAUAUAUUCUCGAGAGAGCCAUGGAGCUUGAAACGGGGAGACCAUCUGCUAUUCGAGACAGUGAGUGCGACCAAAUCCGUCCCGCACCGGUCAUGACUCAGCAGCGCCAUAUCCCUUCGUUCGAUUACUUCGGAUCUCUCAUUCAGCUCGCUCAAAUCCAGACGCAGAUAAUUGAGCUCUUCUAUACGUCGAAACAGCGGCGUGAGACCAAAGAACUCUUACAUGAAAUGGGACGCCUGGAUCGUGCCUUAUUGGAAUGGGCGGCUCGAUUUCCUGAAGAGAUAAGGUGA